ACACGCAGAGAGCGUUAGGGAUGCUCAUUCUCCUGUACAAAACACUGUAAGAAUUAGCUGACCAUGUAAGACAGACGGUAGUUUACUGUACUGCAAAGUGUGAAAGCUGUAAGGCCUACAGGGUUUGAUGAGUGAGACAGCUCAUUUUAAAUGUACGUGUUGUCUUUUCUGUCCGAUUUUUUUUAUAUGUACUCUAGCUGGAGAAAGAUUGAUGAAUAUGUUGAUGCUGAAUACGCCCAUUGCAUAAAGGUUUCUUUUGUCACAGAGCACGGAGACAGCCUGGUAUGGAAGACUUCUCUCGUUGCAUUUUCAAAGCGUAUAUGAUCAUUGUUCUUUCUCGCACUCUCUUUUUUCCUUGGGCUAAAAUAAAGGAAACCUGCAAACAAUGACUUGAUCCUAAACAGUGCCUAGAUUUCCAAAAGCUCAUAGUUAUUACUAUGGCCUGUGAUUGCCUGGUAAUAUAUACCACCGAGCCUAUGGCGAAUUAUUUGCCCCUGUGCUUCUCCCUCGUCGUCAUCAAACGGACUCACUAAAAAUAGCCUGACAUUUUACUCGAGCGUGUAAAAUCGCAAACAUUGACAAGUUGAACCAUGAACCUAAAACAGACCAAUUGGGCUAUACAAGGUUGCCCGCAGACAUCUUACACAUUUAGGGAAGUUCAGUAUUUCCCUUCCAUGACGGAACACGUCCAUCUACGGCAUUAAUGAGCACACUGAAAAGCUGAUUUCAUUACUUACACGUAACCUAAAAUGAGACACUGUAGACACGUUCACUACACCCUGUCACCGGAGGAGGCCACUAGCGUACCAAUUUAAAAUAUGAUUGGUCCACACAGUUAACAUUAUUUUAGGUUAGACGUGCUUGAAUUGGUUUCGUGCCUAUUUAAUUUUAAAGAGUAUGCAACUACCAUACGCCCAAUUACUUCUAUCAAUCAAGCGACUCUCCUCAGCACUCGUUGUGGGUAAGUUACAUUUUAAGUACUGACUGACAGCAGAGAAAACCACCAAAAAGCUACAUCACAGGGGUCUGUCGGAAUGAGAACCAAUCAGCGUAAAAUAUGGGCGGGCGUUCUACCGGUGCUGUCAGCGCACGGAAAAGCACGGUUUCGUUGAUAUGUGGUGCUACUGAGAACUACACCGUCUGGGGAAAUUAAGUGCUUCAUUGUUUGCUCUCAACGGAGCUUCGACUAGGAUUACAAAAUACGUACUUUCGGAUAGCGUGGGAUAUGCCACUCACAGCAUAACAGGUUCACCCAAGAUGGUCAACACGACGUGCUAAGCUGAAUGGGAAAUGACCUCACUUCCUGUCUGCUUUCUCUGUGGUGGUAUCGUCCUGUAGACACAAAUGAGAGACUAAUCGGCACCCUUUCCUAUGGAUUAUAAGCCCGCCUUUACUAAAACCCUGAUCUGGGUUUGUUUUUUUAGUCAGUUUCCUCUCUUAAACCACUGAAAGAACUAUGAGUUAUGGCAAAUUUGUCCUGGCUUUUUUGUGAUUUAGCCUGAAAGGUCGUAGCCUCGCAAGGUAUGAGCUGCAGUAACCACAGAGCACAGUGGUUUUGAGAUGCAGACUGACAACUUGUUCAACAAGAAGCUUCAAGCCUUGAACGGCAACAUGGGACCACCCAUCACCAGCUCGCAAGGCGCGCCAGCCAUGCCUAAGAUGGGCGUCCGUGCCCGGGUGUCUGAUUGGCCCACACGCAAGGAGAUCGCCGACAAUUGCCCGCCACCCCGUUACGACAGCCUGAUGACAAGCUUUCCCAGCAUUCUACCCAAUCAGGCUCCGGACGGAAGCAUGAAUCCAACCCAAGCGUCUCUCAUCAACGCCAACUUCCUGGAGGCCAAGUAUGGGCUGGCUGAUCUUCUGAAUAGCUCCCCGUACAAAGGCGGGUUCAACCCACUCCGACAGCGAAGCAACAGCGACGUGACGAUCAGCGACAUCGGAGCUGAAGACGUCGACCAGACGGCCAUCAACCCCAACACUGGAGCGUCGCUGCAUCGCGAGUACGGAAGCACAUCCUCCUUGGACCGGCAGAGCAUCUCCGGGUUCUCUCGGCCCCAAAACCCGGAUCUUGGGGCGCCAUGCGAGCUCCCGAGCGCCCCUCCUCCACAAGCGCUCCCCGAACUCUUGCACUACACCGCCCCGACGGCGGUGACGACGACGCUGUCCCCGAGCCUCCAGACGGCAACGCAGAUUGCCCGCGGCGACAUCAUCUGUAUCUCCAACCUCGACUACGUCGACCCGUCUCUGUUCUACAGCCGGGAGCGGGAGCGCUCCAUGCUGCAGCGGCAGAAGUCCGAGAAGAACGAGACGUCUGGAAUCUUCCGGCGACUGCGCACCAUGAAGAGCGACGGCGACAGGCAGAAGCAGAGCACCGAGCAGGACGAGGUGGCCCGGCUCCUGGGACGCCCGCAGAGCUUCCAGAAGUGCUUUGCGCACCACGACGUCCCGAGCGUCCUCUUCAACAUCAGCGAGGCUGUCGCCAAUCGGGCCAACCUCGCCCGCAGGAAGAACGUCACCACAGGAGCUUCGGCCGCUUCCCAGCACCAAGGUGGCAUCGUAGGAGGAGGAAGUGGAGGAGGCUCCAGUGACGGCAGCUCAGACCCGCUCCCCAGCUGCGAGUCCCCUCUGGGCAGCUGCGAGGACCUGGGCCAGCGGAUGGGCACGGACGCGGACGAAGGGGACGGGAAGGGCAACGGGAUGUUGCUCAGCUGCCCGUACUUCCGCAACGAGACCGGCGGAGAAAUAGAGCGCAAACUGGGCGUCCCCAGAGCCAACAGCGCCACCUACAGCGAUGGAGAGGACGGCUACAGCUUGGAGGCGUCCAUCAAUUCCCACUGCAGCAACGCGGGUGUGUCGGUGCUCGAGGUGACCCGUGAGAACUACCCCCUCCAACGGGAGAUGGUCAAACGUUACAACUUUGAGCAUGUGGACCAGGGAGCAUACUACUACCAGAAGUACUUCUACAAUAAAGAGCACCAGAACUACUUUGGGGUGGAUGAGAACCUGGGGCCCGUGGCUCUGAGCAUCCGCCGGGAGAGGCUGGAGGACAGCCGAGACGGGGCGCAGUACAACUACCGCAUCAUCUUCAGGACCAGCGAGCUCACCACUCUGAGGGGGGGCGUACUGGAGGACGCGGUGCCCUCUACCGCCAAGCACGGCACCACCCGCGGCCUGCCCCUAAAGGAGGUGCUGGAGUACGUGGUGCCCGAGCUCAACAUCUCCUGCCUGCGCCUGGCCAACAGCUCCCCCAAGGUCCCCGAUCAGCUGCUCAAGCUCGACCAGCAAGGGCUGAGCUUCCAGCACAAGGUGGGCGUCCUCUACUGCAAGGCGGGCCAGAGCACGGAGGAGGAGAUGUACAACAACGAGAGCGGCGGCCCGGCCCUGGAGGAGUUCCUGGACCUGCUGGGCCAGAGGGUCCGCCUCAAGGGCUUCACCAAGUACCGGGCCCAGCUGGACCACAAGACGGACUCCACGGGCACCCACUCCCUCUACACCGCCUACAAGGACUACGAGCUGAUGUUCCAUGUCUCCACAAUGCUCCCCCAUACACCCAACAAUAGACAGCAGCUGCUGAGGAAGAGGCACAUCGGAAACGACAUCGUCACCAUCAUCUUCCAGGAGCCUGGCGCACUUCCAUUCACGCCCAAAAACAUCCGCUCCCACUUCCAGCACGUCUUCAUCAUCGUCCGAGCGCACAGCCCCUGCACCGAGAACGUCUCCUACAGUGUGUCCGUGUCCCGCUCCAAAGAUGUGCCGGCCUUCGGUCCGCCCAUCCCCAAGGGUGUGACCUUCCCCAAGUCGGCUGUCUUCCGGGACUUCCUGCUCACCAAGGCCAUCAACGCGGAGAACUCGGCGCACAAGUCGGACAAGUUCCGGGCCAUGGCCUCGCGCACGCGCCAGGAGUACCUCAAGGACCUGGCCGAAAACUUCUCCGGCUCAACGCCCGUGGACUCUGCCGGAGGCAGCGGCGCCAAGUUCAGCUUCAUCACACUCGGCGCCCGCCGAAAGGAGCGCUCGCGACCCCGAGUCAACGCCCACCUGCAGAGCAGCGGCGCCAUCACCUGGGCUGUGGUUGCCCGCGACAACGACGCUGGCCCCGUUCCUGGCCCCUGCCCCAUCGGCAGCCCUGUAUCCCCUGGCGACUCGUCAUGCCUACUGGCCAUCUCCAAUGAGUUUGUGGCGCUCAUUGAGGAGGCGUCCAAGGAGGUGGUGUUCAACUGCUACUGCAGGGACGUGAUUGGCUGGGGCUCGUCCCUGCUGGGCAGGAUGAAGGUGUACCACGAACGAGGCGCCUGCCUGGCCUUCUCCAUGCAGGAUGGCUGCGGGGAAGAGGUGCGGGAGAUCGCACACAGGCUAGAGAUCGUGACACGGGGAUGCGAGACUGCGGAGAUGACCUUGCGGCGGAACGCCGUGGGCCAGCUGGGCUUCCACGUGAACUUUGAGGGCGUGGUGGCCGACGUGGAGCCCUUCGGCUUCGCCUGGCAGGCGGGUCUGCGCCAGGGCUGCCGCCUGGUGGAGAUCUGCAAGGUCACCGUGGCGAUGCUCAGCCACGAGCAGAUGAUCGACCUAUUGCGCACCUGCUCCACCGUCACCGUGGUGGUGGUGCACCCGCACGAGGACGGGACCCCCCGCAGGGGCUGCUCCGAGCUGUACCGCUCCCUGCCCCUGGUGGAGUAUAAGCUGGACGGCGAGGGCGCGCCCCUCCGUGCCACCACCGUGGGCACCCUCGGGGGUGCGGGCUGGCACCGCGUGCCCAUGACCCAGCAGCUGUCGCGCACCUCGCCCACCCAGGCUCCCUCGCCCGGGCAGCAGCAGCGCUUCCACUACGCCCAGGCCGCCAUUUCGCGCAGCACGUCCUUCGACAAGAAGUUCCAGGAUGGACAAAGAGUCAUCCAGGACUUUGACGUGUCCCAGCCCACCGUGGGUUCCAGAGAGCCGGGUCAGAUGUACUGCAGUUCCCCUAGCAACCAGUCCACGUCCAGCGACCCCGGGCCCUGCGUGUCCUGGGGACCGAAGGGCAGCUACGACGGGAGCCAGUCGCCGGCACUCCACGAUCAGCCGGAGGAGCAGGAGGGGGAGUGUGGCAGAGAGAGGGAGCCUAAACUGGAGAGGACUCGGUCUGCAGAGGCCAAGUGGCACCUCCCUUCUACGAAGAUCUUGAACCCAGGCCUCCAGAGACAGGGUGCCAAGGACUCCUCCAGGAAAUUCCCCCGGGUGCGAGAUAAGAACUGCCCAAGCCAGUGCUCCAGCCACUCCAGCAGCAACACGCUCUCCAGCAACACCUCCAGCGGCAGCAGCAGCGACGGUGGCGGCGGCGCCGGCGGGGUCGGCAAGCACUUCGGCUCCGGCGACCCCAUGGACCCCGAGUCCCUGGGCCUCACCUACAUCAAGGGCGCGUCCACGGACAGCGGCAUCGACACGGCACCCUGCAUGCCUCCUCCACCCCCGCCUCUGCCCCUGGCCGGAGUGGGGGUCGGGGGUGGCGGAGGUGGUGGUCUGAGGGGGGUGACCCGGGACGGGCUGAGGGUCGAGAGCAGCCUGCCCUGGACGGUGGAGUACCAGGAGGAAGGGGAGGGCGAGGACGGGGACGGGGACGGGGACAAGCUGUACCUCCCGCCGCAGGGUUACGCACACACCCCCAGCACGGCCUCCACGGGACCUGUGAGCAACGGCAGCACCGGCGACCUGAGUGAGAUCUCCUCCCUGUCCAGUGGCUCUCGUCACUCGGGCAGCCCGUCGGAGCGCGGCAUGAAGAGCAGCGGCUCCAUGGACUCCUCCUCCAAGCUCUACAUCAUCUCGCCCACGGGCUCCGCCCCGGACGCCCACGUCCUGCCCUACCAGCACAGCCAGCACCAGCGGGACCGGGACAAGUACCUCAUGGGCUGGAAGAAGGCUCAGGAGGCCGCCAUCUUGGACCAGGAGCAGGCCAGUCCGACCGACGGCUUAGUGUCGUUACUCUUCAGGGCACUGUUGCAGAAAGCCAGGAGGAUGUAUCUGACUGACCCGGCGUGUCCUGCUCCUGAAGGGAAGCAGCAUCUCUCCAAGGAGGAGUUCCUCCGUAUGCUCCUGCCCGACAGCCCACCGGGCCCUGGAGGAAGAGUCAAGGCCACCGCAGUGGGUCAGUCCCCUCACCGCACACUGUACCGCACGCUGUCCGACGAGAGUCUGUGCAGCAGCCACCGGAGGGCGCUCUCCCUGGCCAGCUCCCGCAGCUCCAUGCUGGACCAGGCGCUGCCCGCCGACAUCCUGUUCGGCCACACCGCACCUUACCACAGCACGCUGCCCCCACGCAUGACCCUACGCAUGGCCGACGGACAGCUCAAGAACGACCUCUGGUACUCGGACGGCUCGCUGGCAGACAAGGCCAAGCUGGCAGAGGCUGGGCUCAUGCCCCUGCCGGACCCGGUGGGAGGGUUGGACUGGUCCCACCUGGUGAACGCGGCGCGGGCGUUUGAAGACCAGAGCGCGCCCUCUCUGAGCUCACUGGGCGAGGCCGAGCAGGCCAAACAGGCACUGGAGAUGUCCUCCUCCGAGCUGAGCCACGGACCGCACACCAGAGGAGGCCCGGCACUGGAGACGGGGGAUGGUUCCCCCACCUUACUCACUGGCAAGGUCAAUCAGCUGGAGGUGAUCCUCAGGCAGCUGCAGAACGACCUCAGAAAGGAGCAGCAGGACAAGGCCAUGCUGCAGGAGCAGGUGCAGCACCUGAGGCAGGACAACAUGCGCCUCCACGAGGAGAGCCAGACGUCUGCCGCCCAGCUGCGCCGCUUCACCGAGUGGUUCCUCAACUCCAUGGACAAGACCCCCUGAUAAAACAGCACAAAUGACAAAGAACACACAACAAAUAAACACACAAACACACAAGAACACUACACAACACCAGCACCAUGCCACUCACACAGAACCUCCACCUCCUCGUGGUUCCUCAACUCCACGGACAAGAACCCCUGAGCGGGGGGGGGGGGGGGUACACUCAAUUACAGCACAAUGACAACCAUAAACCACAAACAAAACGCAUAACACAAAACUACAUUACCCAACACCACGCUAUCCACCCACCCACCCACAGCCCCCCACCCACUUUCACCUUUAGCUCUAAAGGAAACAGCUGUGCUACUGUAUCUGGACUGUUGAUACAGUGGAGGCUAAUGCUAAGUUAGCAUGUCCACCCCACCCUCUCCCCUCUAAACCCCACAGUGUUUGGAUGCUAAUGUGAACACACUAGCGCUGAGUCAUCGUUGCGGACUUGGCGAGGCAGAAAAAAUGAGGAUGAAGAUGGAGGAGGAGGAGAAAAUGGACGCUAAAGGGAUUGAACAACGGCUACGCUGGAAAGACCGUGCUUUUUACUGGGACAGUUACUGCUUGCACUGCCAGGCACGAUGUAUACAAAAGUGGAGACAAGGAGGAGGAAGAGGAAGAAAAAGAACAACAACAUGAAAAUGAAUGUAACUGAAGACAUAGUCAUAGUCACGCAAGCAUUUAAACCUGUGGCCUCCUUGAUGAAAAUACUACGAAUCAUUUGAACCCUGGAUUUGUUUAGUCCUUUCUUCCUUUGUGAUGGUUAAGUUACGAGAUAGCCAGGUCCUUACCUUUGUAUUUCUGAGAUGCUUUCCUUGUGUAUGUGAACUCUCUCUCUCUCUCUCUCUCUCUCUCUCUCUCUCUCUCUCUCUCUCUCUCUCUCUCUCUCUCUCUCUCUCUCUCUCUCUGUAAUUAGUUUUGUACAGUAAGAAAUAAUUUGUGAUUUCCGAGUCCUAGCAGCAAUAAGUAUGGUGAGUGUGUAGUCUCAAAACUGUUCUAUAUGAUUACUAGCACUGACUGUGAUGUUGUCAAAGAUGCAGUUGUAUUCUGAUAUAUUUAUUUUGCAGAAGAUAAGAAAAGCGAAAGCCCCAACGAUGUGUGCCUGAACUAGUCAAUGGUUACGUGGAUGGAUAGUGGUUUGGAUUGUUCUCUCUCUCUCCUCCCGCCACUCAUUCUUUCCCCAUCUCCUUCUCACUCCUUUCUUCCCCCCCUUCCCCUCUCUUUCUCCCCCUCUCUCUCUAUCCCCUCUUUCUUUCUCCUUUCCCUACCACAUACCCUAUCUAUGAUGCGUACAGUUUUAGCCGACUACAGAGUGUCAGUUUUUAGUUUUAUCCCCCCUUCUCUCUCUCUCUCCUCAAGGAAAACCUGUUCUUAUGUGGUGUACCCAGAGUAUGACGAGGCGCGAUGCAUAAGUCUCCUCAGUCCCAUGCCAAAAUGUGUUAGUUUCUGUGUAAAGUACCUCAGAGAAAAGAAUAGUCAAGUGUCUUUUACUAAGCACUCUUACUCUAAGCUUUUUUAACCCCCCCUCUCGGAUUUACAUGAUUGUUUUGUUUUUUUUCCGCACUAAAGUAAGAUAUUAACUGUCCAGCAUCGGCUGUAAUGUGUAUAGAACCUGACCCCAUGAGAGAAAUAUAUAUAUAUGAAAAAUUAUAACUGAUUACUGGGUACUUCUGAUGUUUUUUUGGAUGCUGCUAGACAUUGAGAUUUCUUUCUUUUUUUCUUUUUUUUUUAAAGGUCUUGGCAAAUGUUUUGGUUUUGUUUGAGAUGGGACAACAAAGGGUUAUUUUGUUGUUUUGUUUUUUGUUUUUAAAAUAAAUUUAGGAUGUGGAAUAAAAUCACUGAUGUGAA